GAAUCCCCUCAAGAGUUCCGCAAAUCCACAGAAGUUGAUUUGGGGAUGGUCUGGACGGACUAAAUCUGAACCAAUAAUAGACGACUAUUUUUGGGACAACUCAAGGCCAGGGCGGACCAUCUCAUAAAUUCAUCAAGUACAUCUGAUCAAAAAUAGGAAUCCGUGCGUGUAAGGGUUUAUAGUGGCAGCAGUGUAGUGUACUUGUUCUCCUCGAUCGACUGACUUGCUCAUUCUAUUAGGAUAAACGACAAAUAAAAGCCAGGCUAAUUUAUAAUAUGGACGUUUUCAAAUACCCAGUUUUUUUCGAGUGCCAGACUCUGGACGCAUCUCAGAGAAAGAAGAUAAAAAAGUACUUUGAAAUUCGCCGUAAAUCCGGUGGCGGAGAUUGUGGACCAGUAGAAUCAGUUGGUGACAACGUUUACAAGAUCGCAUUUAUUUACCAGACAGUACAGGAGAGGGUACUUCAGAAACCUAAUCAUGUGUUGGAGAUGCCUGGGGGACCUCUUUCCCUCACUCUGAGAGGCAGCCUGGAGCCUCCACCCACAACAACCUCUCCAGUCAGCAGUCAGGAGAGUCACUCCCUCCCGGUCGAGACAUCUUCACCUGGUGGUGGAGAACAUGUACUUCAUCGUCUGAGCACAGGGAAGCGGGAGAAGUUCAACACCACCUGUCGUUUGGGAAAGGCCGAGCUCCGUCUUCUAGGGGAAGUGAUGGAGAAGGAUCUAGUCCAGGAGAGGGUACUUCAGAAACCUAAUCAUGUGUUGGAGAUGCCUGGAGGACCUCUCUCCCUCACUCUGAGAGGCAGCCUGGAGACAACCACCCCAGUAAGCAGUCAGGCGAAUCACCACUCCCUCCCGGUCGAGACAUCUUCACUUGGUGGUGGAGAACAUGUACUCCAUCGUCUGAGCACAGGGAAGCAGGAGAAGAUCAGCAUCACCUGUCAUCUGGGACAGGCCGAGCUCCGUCUUCUAGGCGAAGUGAUAGAGAAGGAUCUAGGUGAGGUUGUUCCACGGGUGAGGUUGACACGCCUUGACUCAGCUCAGCUGGUGCUGCAGGGCUACGCAAAUGAAGUCCGGACAGCCAGACAGUUGGUUACUGAUAAAAUGUCUCUGGUGCUAGAAAGGGUAGUGCCUGAGGUGUCCCUCAACCUCCUGUCCUUCCUGAGGGAGGAGUAUGGGGGGCCUGGGGCCCUGGGCAACCUUCUGGGGUUGGAAGGCCAGGUGGAGGUAGAGCUGGGGGACACAGAGCUCCGUCUGUUCGCCCUCUCCUCUGGAAAACUGGACCAGGCUGAGAAGGAUCUGUUGGGGGAGUUUGGGGAGGAGAAGAUCGACUUGCCCAACAGUGCUGCCAUCCCGGCUGAACUGAGGUCCAAGCUUGAGAAGAAGGUGAAGGAGAUGAACCAGAGCAGGUGCAGGGUGGUGGCCAGGUACGGUCCUGGGUGUAGAGUGCAGCUGCUGGGCCACCUGAAGCAGGUUCAGGAGCUGAGGGAGGAGAUCGGGGCCUUUCUCAUAGACCGGUCCAGUGUGAGAGUCGUGAGACACCAUCAACAGAAUCAGGAUGGCGUAGUCAGCGAAGCGGGCACCGGAUCAAGACGUGAGGAGACGGUCGCAGCCGCCAGCUAUAGCCUCCGGCUGGGGCUGCAGGUAGUGGUGCGUCAAGGUGACAUCACCAAGGAACGGGCGGACGCGCUGGUGAAUGCAGCCAAUGAGGACCUGGAUCAUGCUGGGGGCGUGGCUGCAGCUCUGAGCCGGGCUGGGGGGCCUGAGGUACAACGGGCCAGCAGGGAUCUGGUUAGGCAGAUAGGGAGAAUACCCACAGGUACAGUGGUAGAGACUACAGGAGGGAAUCUGCCUUGUAAGAUGCUGCUGCAUGCGGUGGGACCAGUAGGGGGCAGCGUAGGUGGGAAUGAGUGCCUUCUACUGGAGAAAACAGUAAAGGCAGCCCUGUAUCUGACAGAGACCAUGGAGCUUCAGACCCUGGCCAUGCCCUGCAUCAGCUCAGGGAUAUUCGGCGUUCCUCUGAAGGUGUGCUCUGAGGCCAUAGUCUCUGCAGUGAGGGACUUUGGGAGGGAACAGCGCAUCCUUACCAAGGUCACUCUGAUUGAUGUGAGUGGAGAGGCAGUGAAAGCCAUGCAGGAGGCCUGUGAUAGGCUGUUUCAGGGGAAGAGGGAGUUUUCUGGUUGGGAGGGAGAUUCUAGCACCACCAACACUACCACUACACAUGCUCCUCAGAGAGACACCACUUCUGCCUCCACCAGGGGAGCAGCGGCUCCAGAGGUUUGUGUCCAGCUGGAGAUCAUCCAGGGAACCAUAGAGAAGCAGCAGGUGGAUGCCCUGGUGUCCCCCAUGGUUGGUAGUGACCCUCUCUCCUCCCGUGUUGGUAAUGUCUUGUCGAAGGCAGCUGGACCGGGGCUGAUGAAAGCAUUUCUGAGGCAAUCAAGGGGACAGACUGCACCUGGUGACAACGUCCUGGUGGAGGGAAUGUCUGGUCUCAGCUCUGGCUGUGUCUUCUUCCUCAGCUGUGCACUAUGGGACAAUAACCCCCAAGGACCAGCAGUACAGGCUCUGAGGCAGGGUGUGAGGAAAAUCCUGACCUCUUGUGAGAAACGGGGCCUCCGUUCCAUUGCCUUCCCUGUAGUUGGAACUGGUGUGGUUCUCCAGUUCCCUCACAACCUGGCAGCGCAGGUUCUGCUAGAAGAGAUCCGUAGGUAUGAACAGAAUCGAGCGAGCAGAAGCCCUUUCCUUGUCCGCAUUGUCGUCCAUCCAACUGACAGAGAUUCUACCAAGGCUUUUCAGACUGCCCAGAAUGCUUUGCAUCUCAGAGGGUUCGUAUUGGGUGCUCGACCAGAGCAAGACAUCAGGAUUGUGCUGCUGGGGAAAACAGGAGGAGGUAAAAGCAGUGCUGGAAACACCAUCUUCGGACAAGAUGAUGUGUUUCUCGUAGACAGUUCCUCCACCUCCGCAACACAAAUAUGUGAAGCGCAGACCAAGAACAUCAAAGGAAGAAACAUCACCCUGAUUGACACACCUGGAUUCUUUGACACUGACAUAACUGAAGAGGAGCUGAAACCUAAAAUAAUCAAAUGUAUAACAGAGUGUGCUCCGGGGCCGCAUGCCUUUCUCAUUGUACUGAAAGUGGAACGGUAUACAGUUCACGAAAAAGAAGCUGUAGCGAAAAUCAAGACAUAUUUUUCACCAGAGGCCUUCAAAUAUGCCACAGUCCUCUUCACUCAUGGUGAAGAACUCAAUGGUUUGACCAUUGAGAAGUUUGUCCAACAGAAUUAUGAACUGAACAAGCUUGUGGAGAAAUGUGGAGGCCGCUGUCACGUCAUUGACAACAAAUACUGGAACACCAAUCAGCAGGGUCGGCACAGCAACCAGUACCAAGUAGCAGAGCUACUCAACACCAUAGAGAAGAUGGUGAGAGAGAACGGAGGAGGAUGCUACACCAACGAGAUGCUCCAAGAGGCAGAGAGAUUAAUACAAGCAGAGAUGGAGAGUCUUAGGAAGGAGUUAAAAGGCCAGAUGUCAGAGGAAGAGAUGAGAAAACAGGCUAAAGAAAGAGCGAGAAAGAAGCUCCUGAUCAAAUUAUCAGGGAUUGUAACAGGUGCAGUGUUAGGAGCUCUACGUGGGGUGUCAAUGCUGAUAAUGCUACCACUCACACUCGCUACACAACCAUUGCUCAAUUUAGUCAAAAGUCAGAUAGCAGCUUCAAUGACAGGGCCAGCAGUCGUGGCGGAGGUAGCAGGACCAGCACUUGAAGCAGAGACAGGGGCGACCAUGGGAGUGGGUUCAGGGAUAGGCAUAGGAGCAGGGAUAGGCAUAGCUGUAGGAGUUGUUGCUGGAACCGCCGCAACAGCAGGAGCGGUAAGAGGAGGGAUAGUAGGAGCUACUGCAGCAGAGGAGGCAGAGACAGUACAGGAGGCAGCAGAGAAAGCAGCUAGUGCUGUCUACAAUGAAGCUAAGGGUCUUUAUGAAAAAGCAGAAAACCUUUUGAUAGGGUACAGUAAGUCUAAGUAG